GGGCGCUGCGGAGUCAGCGUCAGGGUCGGCCUUCGGGGAUGCACCCAUGGGGGACGACGUGGAUUUCAGGUUUCCCGUAGACUGGAAGAAUCUGCUCAAAACCGCUUGCUUUGCAGAGGCUGGGCCGGCGCCAGGGGCACGACCAGAGGCAGGCUUGCGACCCGACAUUGCAGGGCACAGAAAGACGCCACUGGGGUAGGGCCGAGCCGGGAGCGCGACCGCAACUCUCCACGUCUGCGGGCGCGAGCACGUUACGACCUUGCCGUGCGCCGGGGCGGGGGGCGGGGUCUCGGCUGCACAAAUAGGACCGAAGGGGCGGGGUUGAUGAAAUUUCGCGCCAAGCUCGGCCGGGAAUUCCAGUGUGGUGAGCUAGUGCUGUGGCGGUCACAGCUGCUGCCAUGGUUCGUCCGCUAAACUGUAUCGUCGCUGUGUCUCAGAACAUGGGCAUCGGCAAGAAUGGAGACCUGCCCUGGCCCCCGCUCAGGAAUGAAUUCAAGUAUUUCCAAAGAAUGACCACAACCUCAUCAGUAGAAGGUAAACAGAAUUUGGUGAUUAUGGGUAGGAAGACAUGGUUCUCUAUUCCCGAGAAGAAUCGACCUUUAAAGGACAGAAUUAAUAUAGUUCUCAGUAAAAACCUGAGGGAACCUCCACAAGGAGCUCAUUUUCUUGCCCAAAGUCUGGAUGAUGCCUUAAAACUUACUGAGCAACCAGAAUUAGCAGAUAAAGUGGACAUGGUUUGGAUAGUGGGAGGCAGUUCUGUUUAUAAGGAAGCCAUGAACAGGCCAGGCCAUCUUAGACUAUUUGUGACCAGGAUUAUGCAGGAAUUUGAAAGUGACACAUUUUUUCCAGAAAUUGAUUUGGAGAAAUAUAAACUUCUCCCAGAAUACCCAGGUGUUCCUUCUGAUGUCCAGGAGGAGAAAGGAAUUAAGUACAAAUUUGAAGUAUAUGAGAAGAACAAUUAAUGUGAAGAUGUUUUCUGACUUAUGUCAAGUUAGUUUUCCCCCUUUCCUCCAAUUAUAUAUUUUUUAAUAUUAAGAGAAAAAGACUUUUGUUGACGUUAGGUCAAUGGGUAAUAAUUUCUAAGCAAUGAGAUUUUAUAAAUUAAUCUUAAUAAGAUUAUAGGUGAGAUUAGUCUUAACUAGACCAUAUCAGGUAACUGUUUGUGAAACAUUUUUUGCUGUAGCUGCAUGAUACCCAUCCAGGACCAGCACCUGUGGUAGCCUAUCUUUCAAUAACCAAAGUGAGAAAAUCCCGAGAACAGGAGUUGAAACCAGGACCUAUAGAGAUAGAACUAGGCAUAUUUGUCCAAAGGUCAGACAUGGAUUAUAAACCUAAGAGCUAGAACUCAAAUAUUAAAAGAAAAUUAAUCAAAAUAGCAACUUUGAA